GACCAAAGAACAGGUGUUCUGCUUCUGCAAUGUUAUGUGCAGAUUGUAAGGAAGAUUGCAGGCAUCAAAUUCCACGCAUGCUGAGGACCAAAAUUUAAUCUGCAGGCAUCAAAUUCCACGCAUGCUGAGGACCAAAAUUUAAUCUGAAGGGAUACAAACCUAGCUUCAUAUCUGGAGGUGGUGGCUAUGCUAGCAGUAGGUGGUGCAGUGCUCUUCAAGCAGGUCCUCAGAGUUGACCGAUUCAUAUUGCAUGUUUUUUCUUUUUUUGCUCAACGACUGCUAUUAUAUGCUGUGCUUGGUUGUUCGCUUUUAUGCGAAGUUGAUAAAUUUUGGGUGGGGAAAAAAUUGAAAAUUUAAACUGUAGGUGCCUCGGUGAUAUAGUGGAAUGAAGAGUUUUCUUAUUUCAUGGGAUCAUACACAUCUAAUUUGUGAGGUAAACCCGAUUUUUUUUUCCUAUUGUGUUUUUCGUCAGAGAAUAUCUUUUUUCUAAUGACUUUUGGAGGGCAUGAAGUCAUAUUUUUAUACAAACUAUCAGAUAUCCCUUUUGUGGUUUGAUUGAGUGGAUGGAGACAUCUUUGUUGAAAUUUAUACAACCUGGACAUAGAAGUAGGAUAAAGUAUACUGGGGCUGUUUAAUAACUUGGUAAUUGGCUUGCACAUGAGAUCAAGAUGUGUAGGGCUUAUCCAUUAUCUAGGGUUCAAAUAGUUUCUAUGGUUGUCAACACGCUCAAAAGUAAGCAAGGUCUUCAUUAACUGUGAUAGUAAGACUAAAAGAAAGCAGCGACAGUAAUGACGGUUGUUCUCCCCGAUUUUAAUUGGUUAUCUUUUCUAAUGUAGGUCCUCAUUAGAUUGUAUAUGCACUUGAUAGUUUACUUAUCAGAAAAAGUAUUUGCACUGGGGUAGCCUUUUAGUAUUUGCUCUCUGUAACUUUUUAGUGGAAUAUGGGAGCACAUAUUUGGGCUACUCCAAAUUCAAAUCUCUCUCUCCCUCUCUCUCUUACCUCUUCCAUCUUCUUCUUUGGUGAGGGAUCCUUCGAUCACGACUCGAAUCUGUACACCUCCGGCAUGUGCAUCGGCAAAGCACAACCCUCUAUGAGAAGCGCUGCCAGGUAAGUUUCUUUCUCUUUCCAAUUCAUGAACCUUAAUUUCUGCUAUACAGCCCCUGCAGCCUGCUACCACUCUAUUGUCAUUAUCUAAUUGGGUUAAAUAUCUACUUGCCCCUUAAACUAGCCAACUUUUGUUUACUUCCCCCUCCAACUAUCAAUUGAACACACUUCCCCCUCCAACUACCAAAUAGUUACUCCUUCCUUCCAAUCCCAAACGCCUAUCCAAUUGUCUAACGGAAAACGUAACCCCUCUUCCCAAAGUGUGGUUUUGGCGCCAAAACAAGGGCACAACAAGGGUAAUCUCGACAUUCCAAGUGAAACCCUAAAACUUAAUGCAACCAAAACACCUUCAUCCCUUUUUACGGUAAUAAAAACGCAGAACAAUAAAAAAACAGAGAGAGAGAGAGAGAGAGAGAGAGAGAGAGAGAGAGAGAGAGAGAGAGAGAGAGGGGCUGUUUACACUGGCAUGGAUCUUGAGUGCUCCAAAUGGAAGAAAAUCUCAAUGUAAGGCUUUUAUUUAUCGAAUGUCAGUAUUGGGUGAUUUUAUAAGUCUCCUGUUUUAAUAUAAUAAUCUUACCCCUUUAGGGCUUUAUGAAUUAUUAUAUGGGUACCACUGAUAAUGGCUGUUUUUAUAAGUUUGUUGUGGAAUUUGUGCAUUUGUGGUCCCAAUGUGGCCCUACAAGUUGAGGAAAUUUUGUUUUUUAGUAUAAAGUUGUCUGGAAGUGCAUAAAAGUUGCAUGUUUGUACUUGCCCCUUUGACAAUCUGAAAUUUGUUUACCUACAAUCCAAACUACCAGCAUUUGUGUGUUCCUUUUGUUUGGAAAAUAGAAACUGGUUGUUUAUUGGUUUCAUGUAUACCUUUGUAGAUUCCAGUGCUGAGUAUUUUAGUAUCAAGUUAAAUCAUGAUGGAAAUAUAGUUAGGGAGGAUAUGAUAGAGUGUAAUGUUGGUGGUACUGUGAGCUACAUUGAUUACUGUGAUAAUGAUAGAAUUUCUAGAACAGAGUUGCAUGCAAUGUGUAAGGAAGUUGGAUGUGGGGAAGAAGUAGAUCUCUUCUACAAGGUUAGUGGUUUAGAUGAAAAAUGGUUUUUUAAGAUGAUCCAAACUGAUAGUGAUGUCACAAGCAUGGUUGGAAGCCUUAAAAAUGAUUUGGUGGAAGUGUAUAUAGGGGAUAGUAAUUUGGAAGGUCCUACUAUUGUUGAACAAACUGCCCAUGUGGAUGUGGAAGAUGGCCUCCUAGAUAUUGAUACUAGCAAUUGGGAAUUGGAUGGUGGAGUAUUUUUGCAGGACACCCAUACUGUUGUGGAUUUGGCAACUCACAUACCUUCCACUACACCAAACCCACCACCCACCAAUGAACCACCACCCUCCACUACAAGAAAACUAGCUAGAAGAAGAAAAGUUUAUCAUGAUUCUGAUUCUGAAACUGAUAAUGAGGUUUUUAUAGACAGUGAUUAUGACCUGACUGAAGAUGAUGAUGCCUUGUUUGAUGAGAAUGUGGAUGAAGACGUAGAGUGGUGUGGUGUGAGGAAAAAAAGAAGAGAUGUAACUAAAAUCCUCCAUAGUUGUUUGUCUUAAACUGAAUCUGAGGAGGGGGAUUCCUCAGAUGGGUUUUUGAGUUUUGACUCAUCUUCUGAUGAAGACAGGGAGGAUAGGCCAAAGUAUAGGAAAUAUAGGCUUAUUAAUGAAAUAAGGGACUUGUUGCCUUGUGUGGCACAUAGACACUGUGUUAGUUAGGCAUCUAC